AUGUCAGGAAGGAGUUUUCAAACAUUAGAGCCUUUGACACAUUUUUCCCUCAUUGUUCACACAUGAUGAGUCAUCAACCACCGGUGUUAAUAUUCGUUAACCUGUCCAUUGCAUUGACUGGUCAUGUAUGGAUAUAUAAGGGGCAGAGCACACAAAAUCUAUGCAUUCUCUUCUGCUUACACAAGGCUCUUAGUUUUAAAUAGACAUUCUGAAAAGAUCUUUCAGCCAAAUAAUUUUGCACAUCCCAUCGCAACUCACAAUGAUUCGCCCAGGCUUGGGCGUUUGGAUUCUACUGUCCUUUCCUAAUCUAACCAUCCCAGCAUGCUUUCGGGGAAAAGCAGCCGUCUGUCAAGAUGCUGAGUUUGCACCAGGGUCUGACCUGGCUGGUGAAGGCUUCGACAUCACUAAGAUGCAACGCUUAGGAGCUUUUGUUAUUGAUAUGAGCAAAUGGGAGCUCGAGAACAAAACAUGUAAUCUGUGCAAAAACCCGUUCAUGCAGGGCAAAAACCAGAAGCUCCCAAAGUCGGUGAUAGACUGGCGCCCCAGCCAAAAAUGCAGAAUGUCAUUGUCCAGUUCUCUAUAUGAGUCUAGUGAGUCGCUGGUCAGUUCCAGUGUCUCUUCUGUAGAGAACAACUGGAAGGCUGGCCUUGAAAUAGGUACUCUUUUUAGUAAAGCAUCGGUGACAUUAGCUGGAAGUAACUCUAGACUCGCUGACUAUUCCCUGGCAAAGACCAAGAAGGACAAAUUCAGCUUUGUUAAACAGUCAGUGUCCUGUGCAUACUACAGCUACAGGAUCUCAAGCAAGUCCUCCAUUCAUCCUGAACUGAAUUAUGAAUUUACAAACCUUCCAGCAAUCUAUGACAACCAAACUAAAGAAAGCUACUGGUCAUUUGUUGAAAGGUUUGGCACUCAUUACAUUACAAAGGUGAAACUGGGUGGAGCUGCACAGUCUGUGACUAGUGUCAAAGAAUGCAUGGCUAGUCUACAGCACCUUAGUACAGAAGAGAUUAAAACAUGUCUGGAUGUUGAGGCAUCUGUAAGCGUAAGGGGGAGGGCCAGUUUAAAUACAGCAUACCAUCACUGUAAACAGGCUAAAGAUAAAAAACUGAACAAGCGCAGUUUUGCUCACACUUUUAGUGACAGGUUAACAGAGAUCACUGGGGGUCAUAAUGAAGACCCUGCCCUUCUCUUCUCAUCGAGUAAUGACCCUGGCGCUUACAAACAGUGGCUCUCGACAGUACCAGAAAAUCCUGAUGUGAUUUCCUUUUCAUUGAAGCCCCUUCACGUUUUGAUGUCGGUCAAGAACCCUAAGCAAAGCCACUUACGUCGAGCCAUUCGUGACUACAUACUGCAGAGGGCCCUUUGGAGGAACUGCUCUACUCCGUGCAAAGUCGGAAUUGCAAGAAACCCCAAGGAACCUUGUGAGUGCAGCUGCCACAACAACCCAGCAGUGAAAGCCAACUGCUGCCCGGCACAGCCUGGAUAUGCUCAGAUCACCGUGGUUGUGGUGAAAGCAACAGGUCUAUGGGGAGAUAUCUUCUCAAGUACUGAUGGGUAUGUCAAGGUCCUGCGUGAUCACAAGAUUCUUUUAGGACGUACAGAGGUGAUUUGGAAUAAGAACUCACCUACUUGGAACAGAGCCUUUAAUCUUGGUAACAAUGUUCUGUCUAUGAUGGGUCAUUUGAGACUAGAGGUAUGGGAUAGGGACAGUGGGUGGGAUGAUGAUCUUCUGGGGGCAUGUAAUAUUCAGCUUAAAGCAGGCAAUACAUCUAACUUCUGUAGUCUUAACCAUGGUGUGCUGUACUUUAAGACCCAAGUAACUUGUGCUCCUGGUUUAGCUGGCUCCUCAUGUUCUGAGUACAUUGGCUUUCCAAUGUCCACUGCUCUAGAGAAGAUAUACGUGUCACGACAUUCCCGGUCUCUUCCAAAAGAUGUUCUGCUGAAAAUGGGGGUGCUGUUAGAUGAACGCCGCGUUUUGUUUGGCCAAAGCGGUCAUUUUAAAAGUGAUGCACCGAUUUUUAAAGGGAAAGAAGAAAAAGUCAAAAUGAGUGAAAACUUUCUCUAAUUAUAAUCUAUCCAUUUGCAAUUUCUUAAGAGCAAUAAUUGACCUUUUUUACUUUGUUUAAUUUUUGUAUCUUAAUACUUUCAUAUGAUAUGUUCUAUAUUUUAUCAAAUAAGCAUUUUUACAGUUAAUAAAACAACAAAAACAGCAGCAUGAAUGAUUAUAUAUUUCACGUUGUUUAUUCUCUGUGUCUUAAUACUUUCAUAUGAUAUGUUCUAUAUUGUAUCAAAUAAGCAUUUUUACAGUUAAUAAAACAACAAAAACAUCAGCACGGAUGAUUAUAUAUUUCA